AUGAAUUGGAGUACUUCAACAAGUGAUGCUAAUAGCAAAAGGAAGUUUAAGGGAGUUAGACAAAGAAAAUGGGGGAAAUUUGUGUCGGAGAUUCGUGUUCCGGGGAGUCAAGAACGUUUAUGGUUGGGAACUUAUGCUACACCGGAAGCUGCUGCGGUUGCACAUGAUGUUGCUGUUUAUUGUUUGAAGAGACCUUCUACGUUGGAGAAACUCAAUUUUCCUGAUAUUUUGUCUUCGUAUUGUAUUCAACAGAGAGAUGAUUUGAUGUCUCCGAGGUCUGUUCAAAAGGUUGCUUCUGAUGUUGCUAUGGAUGUUGAUGCUAGACACAUUGCAGCCCAAACAACAACAGCUUUGGAUCAAUCUCAUCGUGUGCACAAUGUUGUUGCUGAUGAUGAUGUCUGUUGGUGGGAAGGUUUGGCUGCUGAUGAUCAAGGAAUGGCACAAGUUUCUAGCCAACAAGAAGGCUUGAGCAUUUCCAUUGAAGAUUAUCUAUAG